GUUUUAAAUUUAAGAGAAAAUGUCACUUUACGAUGACUUGGGAGUUGAGACCAGCGAUUCUAAAACAGAAGGCUGGUCCAAGAAUUUCAAACUACUACAGUCUCAAUUGCAGGUGAAGAAAGCGGCUCUCACACAAGCAAAGAGUCAGAGAACAAAACAAACAACAGUCCUUGCCCCAGUGAUUGACCUGAAACGAGGUAGCUCUUCUGAUGAGAGACAGAUUGUGGACACACCACCUCAUGUAGCAGCUGGGUUAAAGGAUCCUGUACCUAGUGGUUUUUCUGCGGGAGAUGUGUUGAUUCCUUUGGCAGAUGAGUAUGAUCCCAUGUUUCCAAAUGACUAUGAAAAAGUGGUAAAACGUCAAAGAGAGGAACGACAGAGGCAACGUGAGCUGGAGAGGCAAAAAGAGAUUGAAGAAAGAGAAAAAAGACGUAAAGACAGGCAUGAAGCCAGUGGGUUUUCAAGAAGACCAGAUCCAGAUUCUGACGAAGAUGAAGAUUAUGAAAGGGAGAGACGAAAAAGAAGUAUGGGAGGAGCUGCCAUUGCACCACCCACUUCUCUUGUUGAGAAGGACAAAGAACCUGUAGCAUCAUUUCCAUUUGAAGAGGACUCGAGACCUCGGGCACCGUCUUCCAAAGCAGCUAUUCCUCCUCCAGUGUAUGAUGAGCCAGAAAGACCUCGUUCCCCCACGGGACCUAGCAACUCUUUCCUUGCUAACAUGGGAGGGACAGUAGCUCAUAAAAUCAUGCAGAAGUAUGGUUUCAGAGAGGGCCAGGGACUGGGAAAGCAUGAACAGGGGCUUAGCACAGCACUGUCAGUGGAGAAAACAAGCAAGAGGGGUGGCAAGAUCAUUGUUGGCGAGUCUACAGAGAAAGCAGAAACGGGCAAGAAAGCGGAUUCUAACCCCUUGACCGAGAUACUGAAAUGCCCGACUAAAGUGGUCUUACUAAGGAACAUGGUAGGUGCUGGGGAAGUGGAUGAAGAUCUAGAAGUUGAAACUAAGGAAGAAUGCGAAAAAUAUGGCAAGGUUGGGAAAUGUGUCAUCUUUGAGAUUCCUGGUGCCCCUGAUGAUGAAGCUGUAAGAAUAUUUUUAGAGUUUGAACGGGUUGAAUCUGCCAUCAAAGCUGUUGUGGAUCUCAAUGGAAGAUACUUUGGAGGCAGAGUCGUGAAGGCUUGUUUCUACAACCUGGACAAGUUCAGAGUACUGGAUCUGGCAGAGCAAGUUUGAUUUUAAAAAUCUAGCUCAAGGUGUCACUGUUUUGGCAAUCAUGUUUUCAGCGGUAGGCUGGGAAUAAAGAAGAGAAAAGUAGCUUUCCUAGCAAACUGGAAACAAGCCUCAUUGAAUGGAUUUUUCGCAUUCGUUGUGACUUAACAUUUUUUGUAAUAUAAAGCCCUUUGAAAGUAAGAUUCACGUCUGUGUGUUUUUGAAUUGCACAAUUCUGCUUACUGCUCUGGGGAUCCUGGUUUUUUGACCUUUCAGAUGACUUUGUUCUUUUGAAAACCCACUGCUGAGGAGAUGCUUUGUCUGUAUUCCUGCUUUCCUUGUUCUGAUGCUUCAUCAUGGAGACCCUGUGCUGCAUCCACAAUAAGUGGGAAGCUUUGGAAAAGAACUAUGUGCUAUCAUGCUUCUCUUCCCUAAUGGUAUCUCUCAGAGUUACGGCCUUGCUCUCGUAAGUCCUCCGUCUGCACACCAGAGUGAUUUGGGGUCGUUGGACAGUUGGCAGCUAGUUUGUUCUCUCCUGACUCCAGGACAAUACUUUCUAUGCCAGAAUGGAGACUAAAGUAACAAGGAAUGAGUCUGUCUUUCUUCCCAAAUCCAAAGAAAAUACACAUUUAACCCAGGGAAGUGGAAAGAGGAAGGAAUUGAAAAUGUUUAGCCAUUUGAAUCAGAAUGAGUGAACUG